AUGUCUGCUAAGGGGUUAAGGCUAAGGAGAAACACCUGGUGUAUGAUGCAGGUAUUUCCCAUAUCAGGUGCUCAAGCACAAGGGUGGUGGGAAGAGACUUUGAACAAUAUUAGCAGUGCAGAGGGAACUCAGGAGGUGCCGCUCCACAACCCCUGCUGACUUGAAACAUUUAGAUCUUACACCAAGACAUUCUAAAGCUACAGUCCAUGGAUACCAUGGAAAAUGUUUCCGAGGCUACAGAAUGUAACAUGCACCCAGGUCUAGAUCGUUCUGAUGUACAUGGCUUGGGAGAUGAAGUGGUCUCUCCACUUCAUGCAGCAUUGAAUGAGCUUUCAUUAGUAGAUGGAGCUCAAGGUAUUGAUUCGGAAGUUACUUUUCCCUGUGUAUCUAGCAUUGCUUAUGACUCCUGUAUGGCUACAGAUUUGGACGAUAAUGGUAACGAUAUGGAACAAACCUGCCCUUUCCUAAAAUAUAAACCAGAAGAUGUUCCACCAAGCAAAGGAAAACUCAAGCAUUCCCAGUCUCCAACAAGCGUGUCCCAUGACUUGGCCCAAGUCAACAUGUCCGUCCCACAGGUGGCACAAAGCUCACUACUGCCAUCUCCAUGCAAGUGGGACAUUAGGCUCAAUAAAGCCAGAUUAGAAGAGGAGGGGCCAUGCCCAGAUCCUUUCAAGCCAAGAAAUGUGGUCCGAUUCUGUUGGAUUGGGGAAUAUGAACGCUCUUCAGACAGGAGCUUAAUUAUUUGUAAAUUCUUAUUGGAAUCCACGGUCUUCCAACCGAAAGACAUUUUUGCAGUUAUUAACCUGCCAGGGCAGGAAUAUGAGGUUUACUUUCAUGAGACAGAGUAUUACCAAAAGUUUUGGUCCCUCUACCAGGAACCACGGACCAUGGAUGUAUUGAAGUCCUUCAGUGUAGUGCCUAUUGCCAGACCUGGGGUUAAAGGUAUGAUGAUAUAUUUUACGGAUGUGAAUAUACAUCCAGAAGAUAUUCUCUUGUGGCUUAAACAGCACUGCAUUGUCCUGACCCCACUUAUUCGCAGGAGAGAUAGGUUUGGCGAUUGGACCGGUGCAUGGAGGGUACAUGUGAAGUUGAAGCUCAAAGGUCAAGUCUACCAACACCUGCCCGCUACGUUUUUCAUAGGGAGUGAGAGGGGAGAUGUAGUAUAUCAGGGGCAGCCUCGCUAUUGCUACAAAUGUGACUCAAGAACACACUUCUCCAGACAAUGCUCCAACCAGAAAAGCAACCCAUAUAAUAAGGUGGGCCUGCCUCCAACAACUUCUGGUUCUUUAGGCAAAACCCAGCCUGAAUUCUGGAAGGGUGUUGUAACACAGCCUGCUGGGAGCUCAAAGCUCUUUUCUGCAGAGGAUUUUCCAGAGUUGGGGGCAGUUGUUCAACAUACAAAGGCACGUCCAAGAAUGGUAUAACUUUAAAAGCCAAGAGCUAAUAUGUGUGUUGUGUGCCACUUUAUAAGCGACUGGCAGUUCAACCUUCCAACACUGCAUCAGCCAUGGGAUUCCUUUGGGUAUCCAGUCACCCAUUCUCGGCCAAGUAUCUUGAGAAGUCUUAUCUCCCUGUUUCUCUGAAUGAACUCGUUCUUUGGCAGAUCCUCAAAAGCAUUGUCUUCAAAAAGGCGCUGAAUCAUGGGCAGACUGCAAACCCAACAGCCAAAAGUAGACAACAAAAACUUCAUUGUAAAUAUUUCCAUAUUAAGAAGCAGAUAUCUCAUCGGGCCCUCAGAUGCACUUAAGCCCACUUCAUGUCAAGAUCUUGGUCUUCACAGCACUCAACUACUUGUCUUAAGCCAAUAUGGCCGUAGCCAAUUCCUCAUGAGCAAGAGUAAUAAUACUAGUGAUAUAACUGCAUCUGCUUCAGUCCAGAAAGAUGGAAUAAUGGUCUUUAACGUCUAAUGCUCUUACUACAUCUAAAAGAUGGUGGUAGAAUGUCCAGGACUUUUUGUCUCCUUUUUAGCUGGUUUUAUUCUAAUGCCCUUAGAUGAUGGUGCACCACAUGAUUAAUUACCAGUGAUAAAUCUCUGCUUCUAUGGGUUACUAAUCUCCUGUAAAUACUUUUCCACUGGUGAUAAAGUGAAUCACUGGCAGUAUAACCCAUGUGUUGCUUGAAUCAUCUAAAGUUGCCUCAUGAGGAAACUUCCAGUGACUUUGGAAGACCGAAGCAACAAAUGGGUUUUACCACCAGCGAUUCUCACUUUAUCACCGAUGGGGAAAGUAUUUACAGGAGAUUAGUCACCCGCAGAAGCAGAGAUUUAUUGCUGGUGAUUAAUUGUUGUGGACCAUUGCCCUAAAGCCAGAAAGCUUAGUGAAUGAAUCACAAAAGAUGAUGGAGAGGAAUCCUUGUUACCUGCUCUUAUUAACGGCUAAAUAUGGAGGUUUUUUUUUUUCUAUUUCAUUUUUUUUUUUUUUUGUUAUUCCAAAAGGGACACUUCUCAUGCCGUCCUCACACGUGUGUCCCCAGAGUGUAUGUUGCACUAAUUGAUUUCUAUGUGGUUAACAACCCUUCUUAAUAAAGAAUUAAAAAUAAA